AAAAUGCACGAAAAAAAAACUCAAUUGCAUGCCAUUUUACCGAUUUUAAUCUCUUCGGUUUUGUAAUUUCAGUUGGUUAAAAAUCGCUUGUUGAUUAUGGUAGAAGCUACUCAGAGACACAUUCAAUCCGUCAACUAGCAUUAACCAUAGCUUUGAUGUUGACUUGAAAAUGAAAUCAUGAGAAUCGUUUGUUCUCAAAAUAUGAAUCUAAUGAGAGCGAUGGAAAAACCGCAAAAUCCGAGUGAAUCCAAUUGCAAAGGAAACGAGGUAUGACCACAGGAGAUAUGCAUAAACACAUAUUCAACGGCCAGCGAAUCAUUUUGAAUAAAUGGCCGUGGAUAGAUGCCAAUCGUCGCCAGUUUGUUUGGAGUUGUCAUAGUCAGUACAAGUGAGAUGGCAAAGAAAGAGAAUUUAUUGUUGUUGUUCGAUAGGCCGCAAGAGCCAGUGUUUGUUGAAAAGGGGCCGAAGAAUGCAGUGUUCGAUGUGCCGAGCAAAUUUUUGCCGGAUCGUUUUAAAGGCAUCGGCACCGAAGUGCAGUCAACAUUCAGUGAGAGGGCUCAAGAAAUAAUCCCAGUGCGUGAUGAUAUUUCGAUUCCGGAUUUGAAAAUUCCACUGUCGCUUGGUCGACAUGAGCAGUUCUCAUUAUUUAUUCCACGGCAUCGUCGCUUGGCUGCCACACUCAUCGAUAUCUUCAUGAAAUUAAAAACCAUCGAUGAACUACAAACAGUGGCUGUUUACGCCAGAGAUCGUCUUAACCCAUUUUUAUUCAACUACGCUUUGUCGGUGGUGAUUUUGCAUCGUGAAGAUACAAAAGAUUUAAAUAUUCCACUUUUCAUCGAAUCAUUUCCCGAAAAAUUCCUAGAUUCCAAAGUAUUUGCACGUAUACGUGAAGAAGCAUUUUUGGUACCAGAGGGACUGCGUAAACCAAUUGAAAUACCAAAAAGUUACACCGCUUCCGAUGAAGAAAUUGAACACAAACUCUGGUAUUUCAGAGAGGACGUUGGAGUUAAUUUACAUCACUGGCAUUGGCACCUUGUGUAUCCAUAUGAAGCGUUCAGCAAUUUAAUUGUGGCGAAACACCGACGUGGCGAACUUUUUUAUUAUAUGCAUGAACAGAUAAUGGCCAGGUACAAUGCCGAACGGCUCAGUAAUCGGAUGGAACGUGCAAAACCAUUUUCGAGUUUGCGUGAGACAAUUUCUGAAGCAUAUUUUCCGAAGAUGAGCUCCAACAUAACGAGUCGUGCUUGGCCGGCGCGACCUUCCAAUGUGCAAUUGACUGACUUAAACCGGGGUCUUGAUGAAAUCAAAAUAACAAUAUCGGAAAUGGAAACCUUUAUCGAUCGAUUCAAAUUGGCGUGCGAAGAGAGUCUUGCUAGAGAUCCGAACGGCGACAAAGUACAUCUGGACGAUUACAAUGGUAUUGAUAUGCUGGGGAACAUGAUGGAAUCGUCGACAGCAUCGAUUGACAGAGAUUAUUAUGGUGAUAUUCAUAACAUGGGCCAUGUUUUUAUGGCAUUUGCACAUGAUCCUGAGCACAGACAUUUGGAAUCCUUUGGCGUUUUAGGUGAAUCGGCGACUGCGAUACGUGACCCAGCAUUUUACCGAUGGCAUGCAUUCAUCGACCAAUACUUCCAAAUUCACAAAGAAAAACUUCGGCCAUACAAUGAAAAAGAGAUUGGCUACGAUUCGAUCGUUCUUUCAUCAUUUGAAUUCAAAACAGAUGGUGACGUUGAACCCAAUAUUUUUAACACCUUCUGGCAACAGUCAGAUGUAGAUCUAUCUCGUGGAAUGGACUUCCUACCGCGAGGAAACAUCUAUGCCCGAUUCAGUCACUUGCAACACAUCCCAUUCAUUUACACGAUCAAAGUGAUGAACAACAGAAAUGUGCAAAAUCGUGGGACGGUGCGAAUAUUCCUUGCACCGAAAUUCGAUGAAGAGGGCAAAGAGUUCAAAUUUGCCGAAAUGCGGCUUUUAAUGAUGGAAAUGGAUCGCUUCGAGGCCAAUUUACACCCUGGAGAGAAUGUGAUCAGAAGAAAGUCAACUGAGUCAACGGUGACAAUUCCGUAUGAGCAAACAUUCAGAAAUAUCGAUAAGGAUAGGCCAGGCGGUGACCAACAACAAGCCGGUGGCCGGCUGCAAGAAUUCUCACGAGAAGGAUAUGCGUACGAUUUUUGUGGUUGCGGUUGGCCACACCACAUGUUGGUGCCUAGAGGUGCGCCCGAAUCUGAUAACGGUGGACUGGCCUGUCAGCUGUUUGCAAUGGUGUCAAACUUUGACGAUGAUCAUGUCGAACAAGAUUUAACCGGCACGUGCCGGAACGCUAUGGCCUACUGUGGAAUUCGUGAUCGAUUAUAUCCGGACAAGAGGAACAUGGGCUUUCCAUUUGACCGCAAGGCAACCAAAAACGAUGGAAGUCUCCAAGAGUUCCUGUUGCCAAACAUGAAUGCGAUCGACUGCAAGAUUAUUUUCAAAGAUACGACCGUCGAACGUGCGAGUCAACGAAACUCCAAUUCGGACGAAAAGAAUAAGAAUAAGGACAAUGAACUAGAUUAAGAAUUGAUUUUUAUUUUCUUUUAUUAUCAAUUUUCAUGCCAUAAUAAAUCGAAUUAAAACUCGGGUUUAACUUUCCCCAUUCA